AUGUUCAAAAUCCAAUCCUACCUCCUCUCUCACCGCCACGACUUCGCCGACCUCUUCUCCCUCUACAACGACGCCGUUUCCCGCUCCCGUAAAAUCUCCGACGAUGUCGUUCAGCUUCUUGCCUCCUCACUCUCCGACCGCCCGGUGAUCGGCCAGAUUACGAAGCAGAUGAGCGCCGCCACGAAGGAGGCGAGGGAGAAGCGGGAGCUGGUGAGGGCAAUUCUGGAAAUGAGCAAAAAAUUAAAGGCUGCUAGAGAGGCGGUGAGGAAUGGGCGGCUGAGAUUUGCGGCUGAGCAAGUGAGGGAGAUGAAGAAGGCUCUUAGGGUUUCCGAUCGGGUUGAUGAGAGUGAGCCUGUUGUUUAUAGCUUGUUGAGGAAGGAGUGGUCAGACUGCUUUGAUGAAGAUCGAAAGAAUGGACAGGGAGACUAUCUAUCCAAGGUUUCGUGGUCGUCGAUCUAGAGAGGAAGAAGAGAGAGA